AUGGCUUCCUCAUCCUCUGCUUCUUCCGUCAUUUCCAUUGAAUCUGAGUCCACUCGAGAGGAUGCAGAGGAGUGGGAUUGCCAAGCUUGGGCAGAGGAUGAUGGAUCCCUGACCAACAGCGAAGACCUCCAGCUCCUCCUUGGAGAGGAACUGGAUGAAGACGAUGAUGAUGACAUGUCCUGGGAGUGGGACUUCUCCACCUCGGAGGAAGAAGUUGAUGACGCAUCAACCGAGAACGACUCGGCUGCAGGGGGCUUUAGCGGUGAUGGCGGCGGAGAUGAUAGCAGCAUCGACGAUGACAGCAGCGACGAUGACAGCGACAUUGGUGCAGCCCCUCCGAUCAAGCGCCGUAAGGUCUUAGGCACCUACUGGUGGUAG